UAUACAAAAUAUCAGGCAAUUCAACUGUAAUGACUUGUAUUUAAGGAGAAGCCAAGUUAUACGUUGUUCAACAUUCUGCCUUAUACAUAUCAAAUUUCAAAACUGAUAAGCAUAAGCAUGGCUCUGCACGGUUUUAUUGGGACUCAAAUAGAACUCAAGUCACCUGCUGAUAAGUUCUACAAAAUCUUCAAGGGCCAAGCCCACCUCAUCCCAAAUGUUUCUUCUGGCCAUAUCAAAGGCGUUCAGGUGCAUGAAGGAGAUUGGGAAUCGCACGGCUCUGUUAAGAUCUGGAAUUAUCAUCUAGGGGAUGAAGUUGGGACAUUCAAGGAAAAGGUCGAGUACGACGACGAGAACAAGGCGGCAACUCUGACUGGAUUGGACGGAGAAAUGUUCAAGUAUUACAAGAGCUUUAAGGGCAUCUAUCAGUUCGCUCAAAAGGGUAAUGUUAGCGUUGCCAACCUGACGAUUCACUAUGAGAAACGGAAUGCGGAUGUUGAAGCUCCAGAUAGAUUUGUUGGUCUCAUGGUUACCCUCGUCAGGGAUCUUGAUGCUCACUUUGCCAAGGCAUAAUCGAAUAUCAAAAGCAUACAUAUAUAUAUGUAUGUUAAUGCGAGCUUUGUCUGGUUAAUAGUAUAAGUAAUGCUUUGUUUUAUGUAAGUUUUUCUUUGUGGUAAGUGCAUGAAGGGAUUUCAUAUGUGAUAUAUUGUGAUGUAUUGGCUAUGUGGGUUAUCACAUAUAUAAAAUAAAAUGCGUGGUGUGCUAUAUAUACA